AAUUAAAUCUUCAAAUUUGGAGGUGAAGCCAUGGAGAAGCAUCACAAAACCGUCGGCGGAUUUGAAUUUCCUGAAGAAAUUAUUCACCAAAUUCAAUCUUUUCUGGGUGAAAGGAAAGCUGCUGGAACGUCUCUCGUCUCCAAGUCCUAGUACGGCGCGUGGUCUACGCGCCCCAACCUCAGUUUUAGUAAAUUCGAGUUGGGAGAAAGGUUGCCUCAAUACGCGAGGAAGACGUUGCAGAGGUAUGAACAUCUCAACCUAAACAUACAAACUUUCAGUCUACUGAUGCGUAUAGACGAUUCUGAUGUGGCUAGAGAAUUGAUUUUGAAAGCGAUCAAAUUGGGGGCUAUUGAUCUCACAAUUGAUGUUAUGACCCGGCCAGAGUUUGUUUUACCAGAUGAGGUGCUUGAAUCCCAAACCCUAACACGAUUAUCUGUGUGUGAUGCCUCAGUUGAAUUCGAGAGAAGGAAUAAACCGCUAACCUCUUCCAACCUUAAAUCACUCACUCUAGACUGCACUCUAACUAAGGGUGAUUUUAGUUAUUUGAGUCGCAUAUUCCCAUUACUUGAGGAAUUAAAAAUGCAAUCAGUGCAUUUGAAUACCGAAGACAGCUUAUCCAAAUCUGAGUUGUGGCUUCAAUUUCCUUGCCUCAAGAAAUUGGUGAUUUGGAAUUGCUACUUUGCUAAAGCUAAAGUAAAGUUUGAUGUUCCAAAUAUUCGGAAAUUCGUGUUCGUGGGUGAUGAUGUGUCGCGCCUUGAGUUGAAAACAAGUAGUAGGGAAUGGGAGUCGUAUAUACACAUAAUUUGCUGGGAUUUUAUAGGUAGCGCGUCGUGGCUGCGAUCGUUGAAGCAGUUUGUGAAAGUGUUGAGCCCAUCCCGAGUUUCUCUGGCUCUACAUCUCUACUGCCGGCAAUUACGUGUGGAAGAUGGAUUUGUUGGAGAUGAUUUAGCUAUACCUGCAGUGGAGGAUUUGACGAUAAGCGGUUUGGAAGUGUCGCCGGAAUUUCUGAAUGCUUUGCUUCGGAGUUUUCGCCCCAACUUCGUUGACAUUCAAAGAAGACAUGAGAGAGGUAUAGAGAGAUGUAUGUCAAAAUUAUUUACUGCAAUGUUCUUGGAAAUAUAAAAUAGAAAGGAAAAUAUUUUUAUUACUACUUUCAUCCGUCCACAAAAAUAAAAGGGUUUUCUUUUUUGUGAACUAUCGUUUAUAUUUUAAACUCGAUUAGUACUUAAUACUUACAACC